CGCGAUUACACGAUUUUCAGGGUCCUUUAUUGCAAAAACAAGCAUCACCUCCGUUGCCAUCUCGCUCCCGUGACCCACCCCGUCGCGUUUCGGCUUGGCUUCCUUCUCCCGACGACCGCCGUGCAGGAGCGGAGCUCCCGCCGCUUCUCUUUUCCCCUUCCGAGAGGCCCGAGUCCUGAUCCCACGCUCAGGGAGGUGGUAUUUGGAGAUUAGCGAUGGCGAGGUGGCGGCCGGCGGUGCUGCUGGUAGUGGCUCUGGCGGCGGUUUUGUCGGCGGCGUGGCGGGCGGAUGCGCUAUCGGUGACGGUAACCGACACCGAGUGCAUCCACGAGUUCGUGCCCUACGAGGGUGACACAGUGUCCGGGAACUUCGUCGUCGUCGACCACGACAUCUUCUGGAGCUCCGACCACCCAGGCAUCGACCUCACGGUAACGUCACCAGGUGGCAACACUGUGCACACAUUGAAGGGAAAAUCUGGUGACAAAUUUGAGUUUAAAGCUCCGAGGGGUGGCAUGUACAAGUUCUGCUUCCAUAACCCAUAUGGAGCGCCUGAAACUGUUUCUUUCUACAUUCAUGUUGGGCACAUACCCAAUGAGCACAAUCUGGCGAAAGAUGAGCACUUGGAUCCUAUCAACGUCAAAAUCGCGGAGCUGAAGGAAGCAUUAGAAUCUGUCACCGCCGAGCAGAAGUACCUAAAAGCACGCGAAGCUCGUCACCGACACACUAAUGAGAGUACCAGAAAGCGUGUCAUGUUCUAUACAAUGGCAGAGUACAUAGCUUUCAUGGCAGCUAGCGCGUUGCAAGUCCUCUACAUCCGCCGCUUGUUCAGUAAAAAUGUGGGAUACAACAGAGUGUAGGAUACAACUCUACUUCAAAGGCGACAUUGCAAGCACCACAUGGCCGGAACGGGAAACAUUCUCUGCCAAUUUGACAAAUUGUAGCUCUGCACCCUCUCUUUUUUCUUCUUCUUUUGUUAGAUUAUGAGAAACACUUUUUAAUUUAUAUCAUCGUGUACUUUUAGCAACACUUGUGAUAUGUUAAGUGCAUUUGAUGCUGAACAUAGUCCAUAAUUAAUCUUCAGAGGAUUGUUAUGAAAGUUAGUAUUGUUCUGCUACC